AUGUUUUUGAGAAACGUUGCCAAACAAUCUGUAAGAACUAUGUCCAACUUGACACCAGUUUUCACCAAGCUAUCACCACCAGCUGCGGCUUCGUACUCGCAAGCCAUGAAGAUGAACAACAUGGUCUUUGUCUCUGGUCAAAUUCCCUACACCGCUGAGAACAAGCCUGUUGAAGGCUCUAUCAGCGACAAAGCUGAGCAAGUGAUCCAGAACAUCAGUAACAUUUUGAAGGAAGCCAAUUCAGGUUUGAACAAAAUUGUCAAAGUUAACAUUUUCUUGGCUGAUAUCAAAGACUUUGCCGAAUUCAACGGUGUUUACGCUAAGUACUUCAACACGCACAAGCCUGCCAGAUCAUGUGUUGCCGUCAGUGCUUUGCCAUUGAACGUUGACUUGGAGAUGGAGGUCAUUGCUGUCGAGAAUGAUUAA